AUGCGCAGCUCACGGCAUGACAUCGGCAUGUUGCAAGCGACUGCAAUUCUCUGGUUCUUUGUCUUCGGCUUCUUCGCCCUGCUUCUCUUAGUGCCUGCAACCAAGGCGCUCAUGCUCGAAGAGCUCGACCACCUGGUCAGCGUCCUGACGCACACCCACGCUGCAUAG